GUCUGUCAGAUGUUAUGACAUGGGGAAAAGGCCGGUCAGGACGUAGCUUGACAUGAAGCUAGUGGACUUUAUAUAUAGUUUUAUGUUAUAUAUGGCAUUAGUAUAGCUUCAUUAUGCACUCCCAGAUCUUCUGCAGCGGCUCUGCUGUGGUCGCUGCCCGCAGAAUGCGCCGAAUCCUGGGCUCAGUUCUGGGGAGAGAGGGCUGGAGGAAUCAUGAGGUCAGACUGAUCAACUCUAACUCAGGCGACACAGUGAAGAUCGGAGAGCUCUCUUACAAGAUCAAAACUCCAAGGAAUCCGGAGCUCGUUCCUGUGAAACACUUUUCAGACUCUCUUCCCCAGACGGUGGUUCAGCACCUGCGAUGGAUCAUGCAGAAAGACCUUUUGGGACAAGAUGUGUUUCUGAUCGGACCCCCUGGACCCCUGAGACGAUCCAUAGCUAUGCAGUACCUUGAGUUGACGAAGCGCGAGGUGGAGUACGUGUCUCUGUCCCGGGACACCACGGAGACGGACCUGAAGCAGAGGAGAGAGAUCCGCUCAGGGACCGCCUUCUACAUCGACCAGUGUGCUGUGCGGGCAGCGGUUCUGGGCCGGGUUCUGGUUCUGGAGGGUCUGGAGAAGGCAGAGAGGAACGUCCUGCCGGUGCUCAACAACCUGCUGGAGAACAGGGAGAUGCAGCUGGAGGACGGACGCUUCCUCAUGUCGUCGGAGCGCUACGACAAGCUGCUGCAGGAGCACACCAAAGAGGAGAUGGACGCCUGGAAGAUCGUCCGUGUGAGUGAGGACUUUCGAGUCAUCGCUCUCGGACUUCCUGUCCCGAAAUACAAAGGAAACCCUCUGGACCCCCCCCUCCGAUCCCGCUUCCAGGCCAGAGACGUGUAUUACCUCCCGUUUAAGGACCAGUUGGAGCUGCUGUACACAGUCGGACCAAACGUAGCUGCAGAAAGGGUGUCUCAGCUGCUCUCUCUAGCGACCACGCUUUGCUCCCAGGAAUCAUCUAACCUCGGCCUUCCUGACUUCCCUGUGGACAACCUGCUUCCUGCCCUCCAUGUGCUGAAUGCGUUCCCCAUGCUGUCCUCCCAGCAGCUCGUCCAGAGACUCUACCCGUACAAAAGCAUCCUGGGAAAGGAAGGGCGUAACGCUGUGGAGGGUGUACUCAGCAGGUUUGAGCUUCUUGAUGCUCGACAGCCGGCUCCCAGCUCCAUCCUGAGUGUUUCCAGAACAAAGGAUGUUGAGGGUCAUGCAGAUGUGACAUUAAGUGUUGCAAACAAAGACGUCACCUUUCAGGUGCCAGCAGGCAUGAAGGAUCUGCGUUCCCCCAACAGCAGCUCCACCUUCAUCAGCACGCCCAGCCACUCUCAGCUGAUGGCCGACAUGAUGCAGUCUCACAUGGUGAAGGACAUCUGUCUCAUAGGAGCCAAGGGCUGUGGGAAGUCUGUGAUCGCUAAAGAGUUUGCAGAGAUGCUGGGUUACAGCAUCGAGCCCGUCAUGCUCUACCAGGACAUGACGGCCAGAGACCUCCUCCAGCAGCGCUGCACGCUCCCUAACGGAGACACAGCGUGGAGACCCUCCCCUCUGGUGACCGCUGCCAUGGAGGGGAAGCUGCUGCUGCUGGACGGGAUCCACCGGGUCAACCUGGGGACCCUCGCCGUGCUCUCCAGGUUGCUCCACGACAGGGAGCUGGAUCUGUACGAUGGGACCAGGCUGCUGAGGUGGGACCGAUACCAGGAACUAAAGGAACAACUGGAGCUCAGUGACCAGCAACUGCAAGAGAGGUCAGUCUUCCCCAUCCACCCCUCCUUCAGGGUGCUGGCGCUGGCAGAGCCCCCUGUUCUGGGCUCCUCCAGCAGUCGAGGUCAGCAGUGGCUCGGCCCCGAGCUGCUCACCAUGUUCCUCUAUCACACCGUGACCCCCCUGUCCAGAGAGGAGGAGAUGCACCUCAUCCAGGGCCUGACCCUUAAUGUUCCAAAGGAAGCAGCAGAGCAGCUCCUGCACCUCACACACAGCCUCCGCCAGAUGAACGACCCUACAGCACAGUCCCUGGCCUCCUCUCUCUCCACCAGACAGCUGCUGAGGAUCUGCCGCCGUCUCUCUCAGUACCCCGAGGAGAGCAUCGCUCAUGCUGUCAAUAAAGCUUGUCUUUCCAGGUUCCUGCCCAGCCUGGCUCGUGCCUCUCUUGAUAAAAACCUGGCUAACUGCUCCAUACAGGACACCCCCGAUGCUGCAGAACACACUCGUGACCACAGCUGUUCGGUAAAGGACGGUGUGUUGACUAUCGGCAGUGUGUCUGCUCCCGUCUACAUCCCCACUGAGAAAAUGAAGAUCCCAGAUGUGCUCUUCUACGAUAAUCCCCAGCACCUGAUGGUGAUGGAGGACAUGUUGAAGGACUUCCUGUUGGGAGAGCACCUCCUCUUGGUGGGAAACCAGGGUGUUGGUAAGAAUAAGAUAGUGGACCGAUUCCUGCACCUCCUGAACAGACCCAGAGAAUACCUGCAGCUCCACAGAGACACAACGGUCCAGACUCUGACCCUGCAGCCCUCAGUCAGAGACGGCAUCAUCAUGUACGAGGACUCACCUCUGGUGAAGGCGGUGAAACAGGGGAACAUAUUAGUGAUCGACGAGGCAGACAAAGCUCCCACUAACGUCACCUGCAUCCUCAAAACUCUGGUGGAGAGCGGAGAGAUGAUCCUGGCCGACGGACGCAGAAUCAUCUCAGAUGCACGUGAAGCUGAAGGGAGGCCGAACACCAUCGUCAUGCACCCAGACUUCAGGAUGCUCGUCUUGGCUAACCGCCCUGGUUUUCCUUUCCUGGGAAAUGACUUCUUCGGAUCUCUAGGUGAUAUUUUCAGCUGCCAUGCUGUAGAUAAUCCUAAACCUCAGGCUGAGUUGGCGAUGUUGAAGCAGUACGGUCCGGAUGUUCCCGAAGCCACGCUGCAGAAACUGGUGUCUGCUUUUGGAGAACUGAGGUCGAUGGCCGACCAGGGAACCAUCACCUACCCCUACUCCACUAGAGAGGUGGUCAACAUCGUGAAGCACCUCCAGAGAUUUCCCGGCGAGGGUUUGGCGAACGUUGUGCGAAACGUCUUCGACUUUGACUCGUACAACAAAGACACGCGGGACGUUUUGAUCGAGGCGCUGCACAAACACGGCAUUCCCAUCGGAGCCAAUCCCAGCUCCGUCAAACUGGCCAAGGAGUUGCCCCUGCCAGAGGUCACGAUGACGGGCUACUGGACCAUCAACCAAACUGGGAACGCUCGCCGAAAACUGCUCUGUCCCACUGAGACACGGCCCAUAGACAUCAAGACCAACACGGUGCUGCACAUCGACAUGGAGACGGGCGCCGUGCGGAGACUCCUCCUCUCUCAAGAGGACGAGAAGCCCCAAACCAGAGCCUCCAACUGGUGGAGCAGCAAGGAGCCACAGCAAGGAGGACAUAAAAUGUGUCACGACUUCUCCCACAAAAACUGGCUCCUCUUCUAUAAGGAGAACGGGAACCAGCUGGAUGUGCUGGAUGUUCUGGAGGGCAGUGUGCACACCAUCUCUCUCCCGGUGAACCUGAAGUCAGUCUUCCUGGUGGCCGAGGACCGCUGGCUGCUGCAGGAGAGCAACUCCAACAAGAAGUUCCUGCUGACGAAGCCCAUGAACAUGGGGGCUGAGGACUCUGGAGUGUGUCAGCUUCACAGCCUCAGUGAGGACGGAGUCAGCCAGGGACAUGGAGCCAGCUCAGCGGAGGAGUCUGUUCCCCAGAUGGUGUCCAGUGAGCAGCUUCCCAACGAGAACCUGAGCGCCGCUCUUGACCAGAAGAUCGUUUCUCCAAACAGAAUCCUGUCCGACAGCGGCUCCUUCGCUCGGAUCGUCGUGGGCUUCCCAGACCUCGUGUCCCCUAAUGAGGUGUACAGCUUUAAGAGGCCUGUUGACCUAUCAGAGGUCAGGAUUGCUGAGGGCGGGGCUAACACCUUACUUCGAGGCGGACUUAGGUCCAGCACGCCCAAACGGGACAACUGUGUCAGUCUGCUCUCAGCCAAUCAGGUGGUCCGAGCCCUCCCCCCCAACAAGGUGCCCCUGAAGGAGGUCUACCCCAAAGAUGUCACCCCCCCGAUGACAGCGGCGUACCUGGAGGUGACUGAUCUGAACUCCAAAAAAGUGAAAUAUAUUCCCGUCCCGAGGUCAGUGACGGUGUCUCCGUACACCGGCUGGCUGUCCAAGGUGUCGGAGUCUGACGUGCUGCUCUCUGAUCUGGGAUCAGGGGGCGUGGUCACGGUGGAUAUGGGGGGGUACGUCAGACUGUGGGAGACGGGACUGGACAACCUGCAGCGCUCUCUGAUGGAGUGGAGGAACAUGAUCGGGACGGAGGACGGCAGACCUCUACAGAUCACCAUCCAGAGGGACAGCGGUCUGGAUGUCAGCGCCCCGAAACACGGAAAGAUCGACGCAAACAACGAUCCUCACGUUGGAGGAAACCAGUGGGCGGGAGGCACAGGUGGCAGAGACACGGCGGGGCUCGGGGGGAAAGGAGGUCCCUACCGGCUGGAUGCAGGACACAAAGUCCACCAGGUGUCCCAGGCGGAGAAAGACGCCGUCCCAGAGGAGGUCCGCAAAGCAGCCCGCGAGAUGGGAGAGAAAGCCUUCAGAGAACGGCUGAAGGAGAUCAAUAUGAGUGAGUACGACGCUGCUAUGUACGAGCGGUUCUCCAGCGCCGUCAGCAGGCAGGUCCAAUCUCUGCGCAUCGUGCUGGACAGCCUGCAGGCCAAAGGGAAGGAGCGUCAGUGGCUGAAGAACCAGGCUCUGGGAGAACUGGACGACGCUAAAAUCAUCGAUGGACUGACCGGAGAGAAAGCUAUCUACAAACGCAGAGGAGAGCUGGACCCAGAGCUGGGCAGUCCCCAGCAGAAGCCCAAGCGUCUGCGGGUGUUAGCGGAUGUUUCCGGCAGCAUGUACCGCUUCAACGGAGUGGACAGACGGCUGGAGCGCUCCAUGGAGGCCGUGUGCAUGGUGAUGGAGGGGCUGGAGAACUACGAGCACAAGUUCAAGUACGAUAUCGUGGGGCACUCAGGCGACGGGUACGACAUCGAGCUGGUCAGAGCGGAUAAAGUCCCCAAAAACAACAAAGAGAGACUCAAAGUCCUCAAGACGAUGCACGCUCACUCUCAGUUCUGCAUGAGUGGAGACUUCACUCUGGAGGGCACAGACUCCAGCAUCAAGGAGUUAGUGAAGGAGGAGGCAGACGAGCACUUUGUGGUCGUGCUCAGCGACGCUAACCUGGAGCGAUACGGCAUCCGGCCCGAAAGAUUCGCUCAAGUCCUGACCUCCGACCCCCAGGUCAACGCCUUCGCCAUCUUCAUCGGAUCCCUCGGAGAUCAGGCCGAAAGACUCCAGAAGACCCUUCCAGCGGGCAGAUCCUUCGUUGCCAUGGACACCAAACAGAUCCCCCAAAUCCUGCAGCAGAUCUUCACGUCUACGAUGCUGUCCAGUGCCUGAGACUGACUUCUUAUCUCACGCAAUAAAAAGAAACUCAAAAUCAUAUCUGCAAGCACGGAGAAACCUGUCAGACUUAAAACCACUUUCUGUAUCAGAUCAUUUCAUUUGAUCUGAGCUGUAUCAGAGCUGAAGACUCGCCUUUUAAGUACAUUUUUUAUUAUCUUACAGAUGGCCAUCAGCAGAAUCUAAGUGUUAGCGUGACAGAGUAUAAUGUUUAGCAGGGUAGCUACAGUGACAUAAUGACUGCCUGGAGCCUGGCUCAGACCCCAUGUGGGGAUCAAACGCUCGCCAUAACCUGUUAACACCAACACCUGACCGACAAUUGGACGUGACGAGCGGUAAUAACUCGGCUCCUCUGGAAUGCUGGGAUUGUGAGUCGGGAAUUUCCCACCUGACUGCACAGGCUCUUUAAAGGCAGCCGCUGUGUGUGUGUGUGUGUAGGUGUGUGUUCCCCCUCAACAUCUAUGUCAACAUGCUCAAGCCCUUUUCCUUCCUGGCUGCCGGAUAACAAAAUGAUGUAUGCUGAAUCGAAAGUUAGCAUUACAUCAUAAUCGCAGAAAUGUAUAUAACGUCUAUGACACCUACAUGUUUUGUUCAGCAGGAUACUCUCCAUAUAUUAACACCACUAGAUUAAAAAGCUAACGUUAGGCUAUAAAGGAACUACA